AUGGAGGCGAUUCUGGAGCGCGAUUGGAGAGAGUGGCGCGCCUCUCGAACAUCUCUAAAUGACUAUGAGCCUGUCAAUGUCAUCAUCCCUAUUGGCGGUAUCGGUUCUCGGUUCGCCAAGGAGGGAUACCGUUUCCCAAAGCCCCUCAUCAACAUUGUUGGGCAGCCGAUGCUCCUAUGGUUGAUCGACAACCUCAGCCUCCGCCCCAAAGACACUCUAUGGAUUGCUGUCAAUGAGCAAAUUGACCAUGAGUUCAGAAUCGGCCAGCUUGUCAGCAAGAACUUCCCAAAGGUCAAUCUCAAGCUUUUGUUGUUGAGACAUCAGACAAAAGGUGCUAGUGAGACUCUAUACAUGGUCACUCAGAGCAUGACCAAGGAGCACUUGCAACACCGGACCGUAUCUCUCGAUUGUGAUACAAUUUAUUGGAAUGACAUCUUGAGCUCUGUGCGGAAGCUGCCCAGCGGCCAUGGUGGCUGCUUCUACUUUAUCGACCAAGGUGAUAAGCCCAUCUUCUCUUACAUCCAGACAGAAAACGAAUCGCCCGGUGCGGAACGAAUCAUCGACAUCCAAGAGAAGAAAGCCAUCAGCAACAAAGCCAACACAGGAGCUUACGUCUUCCCCUCCGCUGCUGACCUUAAGACCUGGGCCGCCGAGAAUCUCGACGUAAAACAUCCCGACGGUGCUGAAGUGGGCGAGUAUUACACCUCACAAGUCAUCUCCAUGAUGGUCCAGAGCGGUGUUCCGUUCAUCGGCCUGCCCAUCCAGAAGAAGGACUUUUCUGUCGUUGGCACCCCAGAGCAGCUCCAGGAGCUACUCGCAGCCCUCAAAAAAGACAAUCACAGCAUGCCAGCCACGUUGAAGAAGCGCAGGUUCUGCUUUGACUUGGACAUGACGCUCGUGGGAGUCCCCGCUGUUUCGGGUGAUUACUCGACUUGCCCGCCUAUCUCUAAGAAUAUUCGCCUGGUGCAGCAGCUUUACAAGGCUGGUCACUACAUCAUCAUCCAAACAGCACGCAGAAUGAAGACUCACUACGGCAACCCCGGCAGAGUCCUCGCCGACGUCGGCCUCGUCACCUUCCAACAGCUCUCAGACUACGAGAUUCCCUACCACGAGAUCAACUUCGGCAAGCCCUACGCUGACGUGUACGUCGACGACUUGGCUGUCAACGCCAAUCUCGACACCGCGCGUGAACUCGGCUGGAUCCUCGACGAGCCUGAAGUCACACCUCGGCUCGGCCAAGUACGUAGGAGUUCUGCCGAAGACGUCAAGAAGGCUGGUAUGAUUGCCGCGCGUGACUUCAACACUGUCCAGAUCAUCAGAGACAAGGUCAUCAAGUCUAGCAAAUCUGAGGCUAUUCUUGGUGAGCUGUACUUCUACGCUCACAUGCCGCCUACACUGUCUCGUAUCUUUCCCUCUGUUUAUAGCGUCGACUAUAUCCCUGCCACUUCAACCUACAGCAUCACAAUGGAGAACCGUCGUGGCCGCACAUUCUCCCAUCUCCUCGUCGGCCGCUCAAUCACCAAAGGCCGUCUCACCAAAUUCCUCGAGACACUGCACACUAUCCACACAGCACCAAACACCACAACACAGCCCGUCUUAGAUGUCCCCGAAGCGCUAGAGGCCAGGUUUGCACCAAAGGCGCCUGGUGAACAUCCUAUCAACAUCUACGCCAAUUACGGCACCAAGCUACGCAGCAGAUACUACCAGCACCGCGAUCGCUACGACGCGCUGGGUCCACUAGCUGCAUCGCUCUUUGCGCGCCUAGAUGAGUUUCUCGACACGUAUGAGGCUGAGGAGAAGGGCGUUCACGCAAACGUCAUCCAUGGUGAUCCGGUGUUCAGCAACGCCAUCAUUUCGGAUGAUGAAAGGACCGUUAGCUUCAUUGAUGUGCGGUGCCAGCUGGAGAAUUACCUCACCCCCGAGGGCGACAUCAACUAUGAUCUUGGCAAGGUCUUGCAAUCGCUGUGCGGGUACGACUAUAUCCUCUUCAUGAGUGCCAAUAACUACGACCUCACGGGAGCUCUGGAGGAUGAUAAGCCGCUGUUGGAUGAGGCGGAUACUGAGCUGUUGAACGAACUUCAGGAGCAGUUCUUUGAUUUCCUCAAGAACAACUAUUCUGUGAGGCUACAUCGCAAGACUUUGUUCCGCGUCACAGCCUCUCUAUUCUUCAGUCUUAUCCCACUGCACCGAAAGGAGCUGGGAGCCGUAUUUCUGCGCAUGUGUAAGGAGACGUUAGACAAAGCGGGUGGUAUUGGCUAUUAAGUCUGUCUGUCG